AUGCUGACUUCCACGUGGCAAAUGGAUCUGUUCAUCUAUCAGACUGUAAUUUUGGUCCCGAUUUAUAUUUUCGUACUUUUGGAUGUCAUAAUUUCUAGAAAUAAAUAUAAGAAUUUCAAAAAUCCUUAUUAUACACUUAUGAUUUCUCAGGGAAUCGCGGAUAUCGCCACUAUCUCGAUUUUCUCUUCUUUGAUCUUGGCCAGAUAUUUUUCCUACGGAAACCUUUUCUUGUUUUCUCUACGCCCAUUUAUGCCAAUUUUCUACGCUAACAGUGGUCCAAUGCUUUUCACAAUGCGCGCCGUUGGCGUAUUUUUGAUCACUGCACAACGCUAUCUUACAGUAUGCCGACCGCAUGGUACUGUAAAUCAAAACCUCAACAGUUGUCCUCCAGUAUUGCUCAUUGUUAUCCAUUGGUUCAUAGGCACUCUCAUCUAUUUUCCAGCUCUUUUACAUUCGGAUGCAACAUUUGAAAACGAAAAUUCCCUUUUUAUAAUGACCAGCAAACUUCAUGCUCAAAUUUUCUCGGUUACUGUAGCCACGUCAUUUUUUACAAUUGGAUUUGCAAUAGUUCUGAUCCAAAAUUCGAAAAUUCAAGAAGCUCGUUUAACGCUGCACGUCUUCAUUUUGAUUUUAUUUUGCAUCAUUUGCUUCAUUUUUUAUCUGGGAGAAUUCGUUUUGUCCUUUGAUGAAGAUCGAACCCGUCUGAAAGCGUUCCGACUGUGGUAUCCUACAGUAUCCGGAAAUUUUUCGUUUAUUAAUCCAAUUAUGCUAAUUACACUUAAUCGGGAUGUUAAACGAAGGAUAAGGAAAAUUUUUUGUUCUGGAAAAUGGAUUACGCCUGUCUGUUUUUCUAUAAUUCUAAAAAAAUCUCCCAUGUCCUCUCUCGAAAAUUUUUCAGAAAUAUCUGAAAUUCAAAAAACUGGAAUGCUGACUCCGACGUGGCAAAUGGAUUUGUUCAUCUUCGAAACUUUUACUCUAAUCCCGAUCUAUACUUUCAUUCUGCUCGGAAUUUUAUUCUCUAGAAAUCGACAUAAAACUUUUCAGAGUCCUUAUUAUACUUUGAUGAUUUCACAGGGACUCGCUGACAUUUGCACAAUUCUCAUAUUUUCGUCUCUCAUUUCUGCACGCUAUUUCUCUUUUGGCAACAUUACCAUCUAUUCGUUAUCCCCAUUUUCUGCAUUCGCUUAUACCAAUUCUGGUCCCUUAAUGUUCACUUUAAGAGGUGUUGGGGUGUUUUUGAUAUCCACUCAAAGAUAUUUGACAGUUUGUAAAUCCCACGGAAUCUUGAAUUAUCGUCUCAACAACUGUCCACCACUACUCCUGGGCCUUGCUCAUUGGCUCCUAGCUCUUUUGAUCUACCUUCCAGCUCUUCUCAACACAGAUGCUCACUUUGAAAAUGAAAUCACAUUGCUCACAAUUGCCAGUAGAUCACACUUACAGUAUACAUCGAUUACUGUAAUGGCCACUUAUUUUUUUGCGUGCUUAGCCGUCGUUUUUAUGUAUUCUCAAAUUGCAAUCGUCAUGAUAAGAGCUAGAAAAGUGGAGCAUUCUGUGGCUAUCCAGAAAUCACCGAAAAAACUGAAAGACGCUCGCCUCACACUCCACGUCUUCAUCCUUAUCGUCUUCUGUUUUAUUGCAUUUUUCUUCUAUAUUUGUGAAUACAUUCUCGCAUUUGAUGCAGAUGUUACUAGAGUCCGCGCAUUCCGACUUUAUUAUCCUACAGUAUCUGGAAAUUUAUCAUUUAUCAACCCAAUUAUGUUGUUAACAUUGAAUAAGGAUGUGCAAUCCGCAUUUUGCUGUAAAUUUAAGCCAAAACCCACAACACUGUCUCUGAUCGCCAGAAAUGGAAAAUCAACAACCGGAAACUGA